GGGGCCUGGUUUUGUGCCUAACAAUUUUUGCUUUUUCUCCCCAUGAGGCCUCCUAUGGCCGCACUCUUCAAUGGGCGACGAAGGCCUAUAUCCGUCGCUGACUCUGUCUUGUCCAAAACCGAUAAUACCGCUUUCGCUACCCCUGAACGCCAUUAUCGCCGUCCAGAGGCGCCCUUACGAUGUCAGCCCUUCGGGCCCUCGAUAGCCCUGACUCGUACACAAUCGGUUGGAUCGCUGCCCUACCAAUCGAAAGGGCCGCCGCGGAGGCUAUGCUCGACGAGGACCACGCGCCUCCAACCGGCUUUGUUAGACAUCAAAGCGAUACGAACGUUUACACCUGGGGUCGACUGGGAGAGCACAACAUUGUUAUCGCCUCCCUUGCAGCCGGGGUAUAUGGCAUCACAUCAGCGGCGACGACUGCGUCGCGCCUCCUUGCCUCCGUGCCGUCCAUCCGCAUUGGCCUCAUGGUCGGCAUAGGCGGCGGCAUCGCUCGCCCGGAUGAGGAUCAAGAUAUCCGACUAGGCGACGUUGUGGUGAGCCAGCCAGAUGGGACGACGGGCGGGGUGUGCCAGUACGACUUGAUCAAAACAAAGGCUGGCGGUAAGCGCGAGCGCAAGGGCUUCCUCAGACCGCCGCCGACAGUGUUGCUCAACGCGCUAGCCAAGAUCCAGGCAGAUCACGAGCGUAGGGACUCCAAGGUUCCCUGCUAUGUACAAGAGAUGCUGGAGAAGAACCCCAAGAUGGGCAGGAAGACUAAGAAAAGCCCCGGCUUCGCUCAUCAAGGCUUCGAAAACGACCGCCUGUUCCAGGCGUCCUACGACCACGUCAUCGGGCUGGACUGUCGUCACUGCAGCGCAGAUAGCGAAGUCCAACGAGACGCUCGCGACACAACUAACCCUGACAUCCAUUACGGCAUCAUCGCAUCCGGCAACACUCUCGUCAAAGAUGCGGCAGAGCGCGACCGAAUUGUCGACGACGUUGGCGGACACUGCCUAUGCUUCGAGAUGGAAGCGGCUGGCCUGAUGGACCACUUCCCUUGUCUUGUGAUCCGAGGCAUCUGUGACUAUGCCGAUUCUCAUAAGAAUGAUCGGUGGCAGCGGUACGCCUCAGCAACUGCGGCCGCGUACGCUAAGGAGCUUCUCGCGUAUGUGCCGGCCGUCGAGGUACAGGAGACUAAGAAGGCAUUGGAGGUGCUACACUCAGUCGAUCAAAAAAUCGAUGAAGUACAGAAAACUGUAACAGAUACGCAACAUAUUACUAGUUCGAUCAAGACCGGCCUUCACAGCGACAAAAUCGAAAGAUGGUUACGCCCUUCCGACCCGUCCACGAACGCCAACCAUGCGAGGAAGCUCCGACAUGAGGGCACCGGAGCGUGGCUCUUGAGGCACCCGGUAUUUCAGUCGUGGAAGGCGGGGUCGUGUCAGCAUGUAUGGCUCCACGGGCUCGCAGGAUGCGGCAAGACCGUUCUCAGCACGACAGUGCUAGACCACCUCGAGGAGCGUCAGGACCGACUGGUUCUCAGCUUCUUCUUUGACUUCAGCGACACCUCGAAGCAGACUGUGGACGGGAUGCUGCGGUCACUUGCCUUCCAGUUGUACCGGACCACGGCUACGGCUGUAAUGCAUUUAGACACGUUGCACGGGACGCAUCACGACGGCGGCAACCAGCCGACUACUGAGACGCUACUGCAUAUCGUAUGCAAGAUGCUCGCGAGCCACGAAAGGGUGGUCAUCAUCCUAGACGCCCUGGACGAAUCAACCACGAGGGGCGAACUCGUCUCCGGGAUCAAGGACAUUGCUUCUAGACCGGAAUUGAGGCACGUUCAGCUGAUCUGCACCAGUCGGCCUGAAGCGGACUUCCAAUGCAGCAUGCCCGAGCUGAUGGGGGAGGGGAGUUGCUUGAAAUUAGACAAGCACGCGGUGGACGGGGAUAUUCGAUCCUACGUCGCAGCACAGCUUGUGCAACGCCGCGACUUCCGAAGCAAGCAUCUGUCGCAGGGCCUCCUCGAGCGGAUCCAAAGCAAAGUUGGGGAUGGGGCCGAUGGCAUGUUCCGAUGGGCUUUCUGUCAGUUGGAAAGCCUUGCGCAGUGUCUUCAUGAGACGGCGGUGGAGCGAGCGCUUGAAAGCCUGCCGCGCGACCUUAACGAGACAUAUCGGCGAAUGCUUGAAAUCGUACCGACAGAGCUUAAAGACGACGGACUCCGUCUUCUACAAUUCUUGGUGCACUCCGCGCGGCCACUUCGGCUGGCGGAGGCUGUGGAAGUACUAGCAACACAGACCGAAGGGGAGACCGCCCGCUUCGACGCCAGGAGUCGAUUGUUCCGCGAGACUGACGUGUUGAGAUACUGCCCAGGUUUGGUGGUCAUCGUUCACGCUCAAGUCGACGAGCUUCAUCUCUCUCACUUUUCGGUCAAGGAGUACCUUGAAGGUAUUCAGCAGAUCAAGCUGCCGAGUGCCAGCAUCUCUAUUGCAAUGACCUGCCUAGCAUACCUCACUGACAUCGAAGGCAGCGACGCCGAGAUCAGGCAGCAGUUUCCGAUGGCGCGCUUCGCAGCACUGGUGUGGACUCGGUUUGCUGCUUCUGCCGGAACCGCUGGGGGCGUAUUGGAAGCGAGCGGAUCGCGAUUGUACUACGCUUGCUUUGAGGGUCUAUCCGGAACUGCGGCGUCGCUCUUGGAGGAGGGGGCGGACGUCAACGCGCAGGGCGGCGAAUACGGCAACGCUCUGCAGGCUGCCUCGUUUAGAGGCUACGCCGAGAUUGCCAGGCUUCUUCUAGAGAAGGGGGCGGAUGUCAACGCGCAGGGUGGCUCCCACGGCAACGCUUUACAGGCUGCCUCAUAUAAUGGCCACGUCGAGAUUGUCAAGCUGCUCCUAGAGCAGGGGGCGGACGUCAACGCGCAGGGCAGCGAAUACGGCAACGCUCUACAGGCUGCAUCAUAUCAAGGCCGCGUCGAGACUGUCAGGCUUCUUCUAGAGAAGGGGGCGGACGUCAACGCGCAGGGUGGCUUCUACGGCAACGCUUUACAGGCUGCAUCAUAUCAAGGCCACGUCGAGACUGUCAGGCUUCUCCUAGAGAAGAGGGCGGACGUCAACGCGCAGGGCGGCUACCACGGCAACGCUUUACAGGCUGCCUCGGCUGAAGGCCACAACGACAUUGUCAAGCUGCUCCUAGAGCAGGGGGCGGACGUCAACGCGCAGGGCGGCUACCACGGCAACGCUCAGGGCGGCUACCACGGCAACGCUUUACAGGCUGCAUCAUAUCAAGGCCACGUCGAGACUGUCAGGCUUCUCCUAGAGAAGGGUGCGGACGUUAACGCGCAGGGCGGCUCCUACGGCAACGCUUUACAGGCUGCCUCGGCUGCUUUACAGGCUGCCUCGGCUGCUUUACAGGCUGCCUCGGCUGAAGGCCACAACGACAUUGUCAAGCUGCUCCUAGAGCAGGGGGCGGACGUCAACGCGCAGGGUGGCUUCUACGGCAACGCUCUACAGGCUGCCUCGUAUGGAGGCUACGCCGAGAUUGCCAGGCUUCUUCUAGAGAAGGGGGCGGACGUCAACGCGCAGGGUGGCUCCUGCGGCAACGCUUUACAGGCUGCCUCGUAUGGAGGCCACGUCGAGAUUGUCAAGCUGCUCCUAGAGAAGGGGGCGGACGUCAACGCGCAGGGUGGCUACUACGGCAACGCUCUGCACGCUGCCUCAGGUGGAGGCCACGACAACAUUAUCAAGCUGCUCCUAGAGAAGGGGGCGGACGUCAACGCGCAGGGUGGCUUCUACGGCAACGCUUUACAGGCUGCCUCGUAUGGAGGCCACGUCGAGAUUGUCAGGCUUCUCCUAGAGAAGAGGGCGGACGUUAACGCGCAGGGCGGCCCCUACGGCAACGCUUUACAGGCUGCCUCGGCUGCUUUACAGGCUGCCUCGGCUGAAGGCCACAACGACAUUGUCAAGCUGCUCCUAGAGCAGGGGGCGGACGUCAACGCGCAGGGUGGCUUCUACGGCAACGCUUUACAGGCUGCCUCGUAUGGAGGCCACGUCGAGAUUGUCAGGCUUCUCCUAGAGAAGAGGGCGGACGUUAACGCGCAGGGCGGCCCCUACGGCAACGCUUUACAGGCUGCCUCGGCUGCUUUACAGGCUGCCUCGGCUGAAGGCCACAACGACAUUGUCAAGCUGCUCCUAGAGCAGGGGGCGGACGUCAACGCGCAGGGUGGCUUCUACGGCAACGCUCUACAGGCUGCCUCGUAUGGAGGCUACGCCGAGAUUGCCAGGCUUCUUCUAGAGAAGGGGGCGGACGUCAACGCGCAGGGUGGCUCCUGCGGCAACGCUCUGCACGCUGCCUCAGGUGGAGGCCACGACAACAUUAUCAAGCUGCUCCUAGAGAAGAGGGCGGACGUCAACGCGCAGGGCGGCCCCUACGGCAACGCUUUACAGGCUGCCUCGGCUGCAGGCCACAACGACGUUGUCAGGCUUCUCCUAGAGAAGGGGGCGGACGUCAACGCGCAGGGCGGCCCCUACGGCAACGCUUUACAGGCUGCCUCGGCUGCAGGCCACAACGACGUUGUCAGGCUUCUCCUAGAGAAGGGGGCGGACGUCAACGCGCAGGGCGGCCCCUACGGCAACGCUUUACAGGCUGCCUCGUAUGGAGGCCACGUCGAGAUUGUCAGGCUUCUCCUAGAGAAGAGGGCGGACGUCAACGCGCAGGGCGGCCCCUACGGCAACGCUUUACAGGCUGCAUCAUAUAAAGGCCACGUCGAGACUGUCAGGCUUCUUCUAGAGAAGAGGGCGGACGUCAACGCGCAGGGCGGCUACUACGGCAACGCUUUACAGGCUGCCUCGGCUGCUUUACAGGCUGCCUCGGCUGAAGGCCACAACGACAUUGUCAAGCUGCUCCUAGAGCAGGGGGCGGACGUCAACGCGAAGGAUGGCCACUACGGCAGCGCUCUACAGGCUGCCUCAUAUAAUGGCCACGUCGAGAUUUUCGAGAAGAUGCUCGUCCUUGCAAAGGCACCUAGUUGGAGAACGCGUGGUCUCGCCGCCGCUGCGCAGCUUACAGGCCUCGACUUCACCAUUCCUCCGCAACCACCAGUCACAAAACUAUCAAUCGAGACCUUUCGCAAGAUGGGUCCAGCCGGCAAGACAACACGCCCGGAGCCCGGAUCGGCGGCAGCGUGGCUAGCACAUCUUGAUAUAUUGCGGCACUUCAUAUCUUCGGACCUUGAAACGGCGCUGAUUCUCGAGGACGAUGUAGACUGGGAUCUGCGCAUUAAAGACCAGAUGAGGCUCGUUUCAGACAACGUUCGUGCCUUUGGCCGCAGCUACGACAAGACUGGGCACCAGCUGGUGAGCGAUCUAGACGAUAGCACACCUUAUGGCACGGGCUGGGACGUGCUAUGGGUUGGACACUGCGGCUCAUUGGGCCACAAUCUGAAUGGUCAUGACAAGAACCACAGAAGACCCGUACACUAUGUCGACCCAACGAGGCCUACGAAUCAGCAAUAUCAUGGAUGGGCACGAGACUUUGUUAUUAACGAGGUUCCCCCGGGGCAGCGAGCCGUGCAAGAGUCUCGCAUGACAAUAUGCAGUUUCGCAUAUGCAGUGUCACGGAGGGGCGCGCACAACUUGCUUAACCUCGCUACAGCUGCAAAUGGCGAGGCAUUUGACGUGUCUCUACACGAAUACUGCCGCGAUGGGAAGCUGAACUGCGUCGUCGUGUCGCCGCAAGUCUUCAAUCAUUACCAGCCGAGUGAACGACAUGGCUAUGUGAGCCCGGUUAAGGAGGGAGAUGGCAAGGGGAAGUCGAACGACGAGUCUGAGUUCGAGGGAUACAUCGGCUCCACGGAGAACAUUGUCAAGAGCGCAAGGUGUGAGGCACUGUGGGGUCAGAGCUGUAUGGCAACGUGAGCAACGGCUUGUAGGCUCCCUCGGUAGGUAGUUGAUGAUCACAGAAGC